AUGUCAAAUCAACAAAGAGCUCGUUUACCGCCAACUCCGUGUAAUUCCAUCACAACACAAUCAAAUGUCACACAACGUCAUACACAGAACAUUGAUGUUCAAAAUAACACAAUUUCAAAUGUAAUGACGACCACUGAUAGUAGUCAGCAAAUGUAUAACAACAAUAAUAUCAAUGAUGAUUCACUGCAUGCCUUGGGUCCUGAUUUAGCCAUUCAAACCAGUCAGGUGCUCGAUAAUCUUACAGAUCAUGAACGCUCAAUUAUUUUGGAUGUUUUAAGUCGUGAUGAAUCCAUAAGACAACGUGAUUCUGCACGUAUCAUGUGA